AUGUCUAAUGAUUAAGGAGUUUAGAAAAAAAAACAUAAAUACAUUGAUUCUGAAGAGGAAGAGCAAUAGCAAUAGCAAAAACAACCUGUGUAAUAACCAUAAGAAUAAUCUCCGAUUGCACAAACAAUCACAGUUGAUAAUAAGAAAUGGAAAUACUUAUUUGAACCUGACUCCUCUGAGUAAUAGGAAGGUAUUAAUUUGAAAUGUAUAAUGAAGAAAAGAAAGUUAAGAAAAUUCAAAACCCAUAAAUAACCAAAUAAAAAUAGCCUGAACAAAGAGUUAAGUAAAUUAAGUCAAAUUGUGACACAGACGAUUUGAGGUAUGAAAUUUUGUGUAGAUGGUGGUAUUGCUUUGAUUAAUGGCCACCUUCAGAUUUUGAUUAUGAAGAAGCCUUGAACAAAUAUAAAUUAAGGAAAGUUGAUUUGUCGGUUUUUAAAAGGGAAUCCGAGAUCAAUGGUCAAGGCUUUAGAAAGGUUUAUGAGGUUAAUGGAUAUAAAGGUGUAUUUAGGACUUCUGCUGUACAUAUACCAAAUUUAUUGAUAGGGUGAUACUCUGGAUCUUAGACCAAAAGAGGGUUGUCCAUCCUUUGAAUAAAUCUCAAAGAUUAAUUCAAAAAACUUGCCCAAAAUAUUAAUAAAAGGCUUGAAAGCUUAAUUGGAAGACUUAAUUAAGUAUGAGCCUAACAAUAAAUAAUUAAUAAAAAAUUUAGAACACUAAUUAGCAUAAAUUUAGAAUUAAUAUCGAAAAUAGAUGGAUUGA